AUGGCGCGCUGCAAAGUCCCCGCGAUCAGCAUGUUCCUGUCUUGGUAUUAUCUCAUUGCAAUCACAUGCGUAGCUGCUUGUGGUGAGGAUCCUUUAGAGACCUUUGGCAUCCAUCGAAGACACGAUGACUUGUCCGCGAAGGGCAUACUCGACAAGAGCAUUGAGGCUUUGGGUGGACAGAGCGCGUUGGACAACCUGAAGACAGUCUCGUCCCAUGCAUUCAUAUGGAGAUCCUUCAGCAUCGCCGAGAGCAACGUACCAGGAGUCGCAGACACCGGCAUCUCAGUUGCCGGUGAGCAGACCAUCUCCUACGAUCUGAGCGACCCAACACAAGUGGUCCAGCGAAUCGACCGCAAAGAUGUUCUGGGAGACUACUGGACCUUCCAGCGAACGCUUCUGGAGAUCCCCGAGUCUUCCCUUGUUGUGAGAAGCGGGCAAGAUGGAUAUGCAUGCUUCGUAGAUGGCAAUGAGUUCCUCUUCGCACCACCAGAGGCGCCGUUUGGAUACGUCGAUCCAUUCUUCGCCUACAUCCUCGUCCGCGACGCCUGGCGCUUCUCCCCCGCCAUCGUGCGCAGCCUCCAAGCCUCUACCGGCACCCUCGCAACCUCCAUGGUGCAAAUCAACGACGCCCGCCUGCACCCAGCCGUCACCGACGACUCCCUCAACCUGACGGUCAUUUUCGACCCGGAAACCUACCUCCCGGCCCGCGUGCGCGCUUACGAAGACCACCCCAUCCUCGGGCCCUCAACGAACGACGUCCUGCUGUACAACUACACCAUGGUGGACGGCAUCAGCCUGCCGCAGAACAUCAAGCUGCUGUACAACGAGGACCUGAUGCUGCAGGAGAUCCAGCUGAACAACUUCAAGAUCAACCCCUCCUUCCCUCCAACGCAGUUCCAGGGCCUCCCGCCAGCCAUCACCAACCAGACCGUCUCCGGCGCCCCGCCAUCACCGGCCCUGUACCCCGAAUUCGCCACCCCAGCGCAGAUCUUCGAGUUCUCGCAGAACUUCUUCUACGCCGGCCCGUACUCUGGCACGCUCCCCGCGCUCAAAGUCGUCAAACCCAUCGACAGCCUGCCGAACCUCUACCACCUGACGUUCAAAGACAACACCGUCUACCGAACCGUCGUAGCGGUCUUCGACGAUGCGAUCAUGGUCACGGACGCGCCGCCCCAGCAGAGCCAUCUGGUGAUCCAGUGGGUGCAGGAAACGUUCAACCGGUCGGUGACGCAUUUGCUCGUCACGCACCAUCAUCACGAUCACAACCUGGGCGCGGAGGAUUAUGUGGCGAUUGGAGCGAAGCUCGUGGUUCCGGAACGGUUUACGUAUUACUGGCAGCAGAUCAAGGGGGUGGAAUUCAUGACAGCGAGUCUGGAUCGUAGUGAGGAACAACCCUUCACCCACUCCGACGGCAAAAUGCAGGUCCACGGCAUCUGGCACGCCGUCGACGCCCACAGCGCCGACUGGAUGUACUUCACCUUCACCACCGCCUGCGCCUCGGCGGACGCCGAAAUGGGCAUCGUGACCGCCGACGCGUGGAGCCCCGGCGUCGACCCCUUCGGCUACGGGCAGCGACCCGUGCUGCAGUGGCUGGCGAUUGCGCGCAUGGACGGCGUGCCUAAGGAGCACACGGAGCUGCCGAUCCAUGGGGAUCCGCAGCCGGCGAGCAAGCUGUACCCCGAGAUUGGGUAUGAGUAUCCUGAGUACACUGUUGGGGAUUUCUUGGGUGGGGCUUGUAUGUGUUAG